AUGGCUGAUGAAAUAGAAACAAUUCGACUUGCCAAUGACGAUAGCGAAUGUAUGGAAGGAGAGAUAGAUGCUGAUGAUGUAGAUGAAGAAGGUUCGGAUGGAGUUGUUGUUCCAGAACUUCAGGGUACAUUAUCCAAAUGGACAAAUUAUAUACAUGGCUGGCAAACUAGAUUUAUUGUUCUCAAAGAUGGUACUUUAUCUUAUUACAAAUCUGAGCAGGACAGUGGAUUUGGAUGUCGAGGUUCAAUAAGCUUGUAUAAAGCUAAUAUUAAGGCUCACGAAUUUGAUGAAUGUAGAUUUGAUGUGUCUGUAAAUGAUUGCUUAGUAUGGUAUUUAAGAGCAAGCAAUCCAGAAGAAAAACAACGUUGGGUAGAUAUUUUAAAAUCAUAUAAGUCAGAAUCAGGUUAUGGAAGUGAGAAUAGUUUAAAGCGACAUGGUAGUGCCAUUUCACUUGUAUCGAAUACACAAUCUAUUACAAGUGCAGGUAGUUUCACUAAACGAGGAGUUAGAGGACUAAAAGAAAAGUUGGCAGAACUUGAAACUUUCAGAGAUAUUCUGAUCAAACAAAUUGAUACUUUACAAAAAUAUUUUGAUAACUGUGUGGAAAAUGCUAAAAAUAUUUCCUCGAAAGAAAAUAAAGUGGAGACAAUGUUUAAUCCAGCUGAACAAUCUGUGGACUUCAAAGGUGAAGCAAUAACAUUUAAAGCUACAAGUGAAGGUGUGCUAGCAACAUUACAGCAUUGUGUUGAAUUAAUGGUACAACGAGAAGAUGCAUGGCGUCGUAGAUGGGAAAAAGAAAUUGAAAGAAAACGAAAAGUACAAGAACUUUAUAAAGCUUUGAAAGAACAAGUUACAAUGCAACAAAGUGACUUUCCUAGACCUAGAGUUCUUAUUCAUGGAGGUCCAGAUUAUGAGGAAGGUCCACAUAGUGCUCUUUGUGAUGAAGAAUUUUAUGAUGCAGUAGAGACUGGAUUAGAUAAAAUUGAUGAAGAAAAUCAGUUAAGAGAUCGUUUAAAACAAAAAUCAGUAUCAGUUUUAACUACUCCUACCAUGUCAGCAAUUGAACAUAGACUUUGGCCAGAGAUAGAAAAAAUAACGAUGGAACAAUUGCAUUAUGCGCGUCUGGGAGUAGGAGCUGGUGGAUGGCAAUUAUUUGCUGAAGAUGGUGAUAUGCGCAUGUACAGACGUGAAGAAGAAGCGGAUGGUUUAGUGGUAGAUCCUUUGAAAGCAUGUCAUGUUGUAAAAGGAGUGACUGGUCAUGAAGUUUGCGAGAUAUUCUUCAGUCCAGAGUACAGAACAGGAUGGGAAGCUACUCUUGAAGAUAUGACUGUAGUUGAAAAAGUUUCCAAAGAUACUCUAAUAUUUUUACAAACACAUAAACGAAUUUGGCCAGCAAGUCAAAGAGAUGCAUUAUUUUGGUCACAUAUGCGACGUGUAUCUGAUGAUCAAGAUCCAGAUGCACACGAUUUAUGGAUAGUUUGUAAUCAUAGUACAGAACAUCCUGAUUAUCCUCCAAAUACUGGAAAAUGUGUAAGGGUUUAUUUAACUGUUUGUCUUGUGUGUCAAACUUUCAUUGAUCCUCCAAAAGAUGAAGAUGAAAUAAAGAGAGAAAAUAUAACUUGUAAAAUAACUUAUUGUUCUGUUGUUAAUCCUGGUGGAUGGGCUCCAGCAUCUGUUCUACGUGCUGUUUAUAAAAGAGAAUACCCAAAGUUCCUUAAACGUUUCACUAGCUUUUGUAUUGACCAGUGUAAGGAUAAACCAAUUACAUUUUAA